CACAUCCACAGGCAGGCUGAGCUUCUACCGCUUAGUCCACACGAUCAACCAUGGGCAAAGCAAAGAAAACCCGAAAGUUCGCAACCGUAAAACGGUUGAUGCACCCAAACGAUAUCAGACUGAAAGAGAACCAGCUCAAACAACAAAGGAAAGAAGAGGAAGAAAAGGCAAAAGCCGUCCGUCGAGUACAACAAUCGGCCUCCUCGCUGUUCCUUCAACAUAAUACUGCGCUCGUGCCUCCGUACAGGGUUCUCAUCGAUACCAACUUCAUCAACUUCAGUCUGCAGAACAAACUGGAACUUGUAAGCGGCAUGAUGGACUGCCUCUACGCUAAAUGUAUUCCAUGUGUAACAGAUUGUGUCAUGGCGGAAUUGGAGAAGUUGGGACACAAAUACCGGGUAGCCCUUAGGGUUGCGCGGGAUCCAAGAUUCGAGCGGCUACGGUGCUCGCACACCGGCACAUACGCUGAUGACUGCCUCGUCCAACGAGUGACAUCCCACAAGUGCUACAUCGUCGCUACUUGCGAUCGGGAUUUGCGAAGGAGGAUACGACAAAUUCCUGGCGUUCCGCUCAUGUAUAUCGUGAGCAGGAGAUACGCCAUUGAACGCCUGCCGGACCAGGGCGCCCCAGUAUGACCGUACUUUAUUUGGUUAGCCUUCAUCAUGUGCAGGUAUAUGCCACCUUCCCUGCAAAGGCGGUGUUGACCAA